CCCCGGUGCUGGGAGGAGGAGGAGGAAGGUCUGUCCAACCAGAACUUGUCCGCUUGCGGCAGGCUGGCCCUUUCUUUUCGCUACCAGGAUGUAAGUCUACCACAAAGGAGCUGAAGUUCAAAUAAGGCUGCUUCAGCCUCGCGUGAAAUGAUGGAUUCCGAGCUCUAACACCGGAUUGCCGAGUUCUCCCCUUUCACCAGAAGAACGCCUGGCUGCGCCCCCAGAGCAGCGCAGCGCGGAUGCGUGGCUUAGCCUGGGCAGCCAAGCUGUGAAAAAUCUUCAAGAAGAAAAGCGGAGAAAGAGUUUUGCAGAUCCCCUAGUUCUUGCCUUGUCUAGCUGCAGCGCAGCAUACAGCUAUUCAGCUGCAGACUACAGGGGAGUCAUGCUUCUGACACAGUCAGCCAAGUGAGAUGUCACAACUCCUGUGGAUGAGCUGUUCUGAAAAUUUUUGAUGAAAGCACACUCAGGACUGAAGAACGAAGCCAAAGGAGACAGGGAGGAACACAUUAGAAAAGGUGACAUGCAGGCAAGAUCAUGAGAGAGAAGCAUUUCAGCACGGUCUAAUCAUGCUGAUGUCAUUCACUGAUGGCUUACCUUCUGCAAACAGUGGCCAAACACUGGAAUGGGCUUCCUGGAGAGGUGGUCGAUGCCCCAUGCCUGUCAGCGUUUAAGAGGCAAUUGGACGAUGCCCUUAACAUGCUUUAACUUGGUCAGCCCUGAAUUGGUCAGGCAGUUGGACUAGAUGAUUGUUUUAAGGUCCCUUCCAACUGAAAUAGUCUAUUCUAUUCUAUUUUGAAAGAUGUUUGAACUGAUUUUAAAAAGUUCUUUGCAGAAGAAUAUUUGAUCAGAACAAGAGGAUCAUGAUGACAACAAGAUUCAUCUGUCUAAUGCUAAUAGCUGUUGUGGGAGCUACUGCAAGCAAAACACAGGAAUUUGAAGGCAAUGAUGAGGAAACAGAACAAGAAUUCAUUUAUAUGAACAGAUAUAAGCGUUCCAGUGACACCCAGGACAAAUGCACUUACACCUUCAUUGUACCUCAACAGAGAGUGACAGGUGCCAUUUGUGUUAAUUCUAAGGAGCCUGAAGUUCUACUUGAAAACAGGGUAAACAAACAAGAAUUACAGUUACUUAACAAUGAACUUCUUAAACAAAAGAGACAAAUAGAAACUCUCCAGCAACUGGUAGAGGUGGAUGGUGGGAUUGUUAAUGAGGUUAAACUCUUAAGAAAAGAGAGCAGAAAUAUGAAUUCUCGUGUCACACAACUCUAUAUGCAGUUACUACAUGAAAUUAUCCGAAAACGUGACAACGCCUUAGAACUUUCGCAACUUGAGAAUAAGAUUUUGAACCAAACUGCAGAUAUGUUGCAGCUUGCAAACAAAUACAAAGACUUAGAACACAAGUACCAACAUUUGAUGUCAAUUGCCAAUAAUCAGUCAAUAAUAAUUGCCCAACUGGAAGAACACUGUCAAAGAAUGCCAUCCAUAAAGCCACUGCCACAAACUCCACAGCCACCAAAUAAAGUGUACCAGCCUCCUAAUUACAAUCGCAUUAUUAACCAGAUAUCUACUAAUGAGAUUCAGAGUGAUCAGAACUUAAAGGUUCUGCCACCUACCUUACCAACCAUGCCUGCAGUUACUAGCAUUCCGACUUCAACUGAUAAACCAUCUGGGCCCUGGAGAGACUGUCUACAAGCAUUAGAGGACGGCCAUGAUACAAGCUCCAUCUAUCUUGUAAAACCAGAAAACACAAAUCAGCUUAUGCAGGUCUGGUGUGAUCAACGGCAUGACCCUGGCGGCUGGACAGUCAUUCAGAGACGGCUGGAUGGGUCUGUCAACUUUUUCAGGAACUGGGAGACAUACAAGCAAGGAUUUGGUAAUAUAGAUGGAGAAUAUUGGCUCGGAUUAGAAAAUAUUUAUUGGUUAACAAAUCAAGGCAACUACAAACUGCUCAUAACAAUGGAAGACUGGUCAGGUCGAAAAGUAUUUGCUGAGUAUGCAAGCUUCAGAUUGGAGCCAGAAAGCGAGUAUUACAAAUUGAGAUUGGGACGCUACAAUGGCAAUGCGGGCGAUUCUUUCACUUGGCACAAUGGUAAACAGUUCACCACACUGGACCGGGACCAUGAUGUAUAUACAGGUAAUUGUGCUCAUUACCAGAAGGGAGGAUGGUGGUACAAUGCAUGUGCUCAUUCUAAUCUUAACGGAGUCUGGUAUCGUGGAGGACACUACCGCAGUCGGUAUCAGGAUGGUGUUUACUGGGCUGAAUUCCGGGGUGGAUCAUAUUCACUGAAAAAAGUUGUGAUGAUGAUAAGACCUAACCCCAACACAUUCCACUGAAAUAGUUCUUCUCUUGAUUUGCUUUCUUGUUCUAAAAAUCACAUAAAGCUAUGAUGUUAUUACCUGGAAUUAUCUUUUCAGAAAAGAGGAAUGUAAGAUAUUGUACAUUUAUUGCUAAGAUGCGAGGGCUUGUAUAUUGUAUUUUCAAGAAUCAUUGCAGUAAAAAAACACUGAAGAAAAAAAAGGAACUGAAGUGACAUAACAUUCAGAACACCUCUUGGUACUAAAAGUAGUUAUAUUAAGCCUUUUAGAAGUGGCAGUUUAGAUGGACUGUAGAUAAAACUUUCUGGUUUUUAUUCCCUGUAAAUUAAGUUUGGAUGGUAAAAAUACUGCCACAACAUUUAAAUAUUUUUGUAUGCUAUAUUAUGUAUAAAUAUUCUCAAAUACAGGAAAUAUUACAAACUGUACAGCAAGAGUUUUAUUAUUAUUAUUAUUAUGAACAAUCAUUUGACACAGGAAAUCAUAUCCUUUGAACUGUGUAGCUGGUAUAUGUACAUUAGUGUGAUUAUUCUGAUUUAAUCUUUGUUAAAUGCCAUGAAUAAAGUUAGUACUAUAUAAUUUGAUUUUGAGCAUAGAUACUCAAACCAUUACUGUUGUGAUAAAUCCAGUUUUUCCCCUUCACUUUGAGCAUCAGCCUCUAUAAAUUAGAAUUCAUAUUCAAUUAAAAUAUUUUAGACUAAAAACACUAUUGAUUUUUCUUAUCAAAGUGAAGUAGCUACCUGCAUAUGAUUUACAACAGAUAUAACAUGCUGUAUAGCUAACACGUUAUACUACACAACUGUCACAGUAUUUUGUACCCGACUUCAGUCAUUACCUGCUGUGUAGCCUCUGUAAUCAGAAAUGGCUGGAUAUAAAUUAAAGGGACUAUCCAACUUUGCAGGCAAAUGAUGGAUACCAAUAUAUAAGCUAUUUACUAUCCUUAGCCAGUAGAUGAAAAUGAUAUAAAGAAGUUACCUGAAGUUACCUGUAACCAAGAAAAGUUAUAUUUACCAUAUUUCACAAUUAUAACAUAUUACUGUCAAAUCAUUAAAUAGAUUUACUCAUCUGUAUUUAGAGGUCAGUCACAACUAUGAAAUACGGAUUGGGAUAAUUCUAAUAUUCUUCUGAGGUAGGUUUCUAGAACAGAUUGUUAUAACACCCAUUUCAAAACAGAAACUACUAUGAAAAGUGUAAGUUAAAGAAUGCAUGUAAGAGGGAGAGCAGAAGUCUCUAGAAGUUCGGUAUAUUUUUCAGCAAGACUGUAAGAUACUGUACAAUUGUGUGUGCUUGCACACUUUUUCCCUUAUUACCUCAUCACUUCUCUACAACAGUGUGAUGUGCAUUGAACUGAUGUGUGAUGUAGCAUGUUUUGUGUAUAACAAAGUAGGGUUUUUAAUAUAUUAGAUUACCCCUGUAAUAUUGUAAUCCUUUAAUAAAGCAACAAAUGUUAUUUUGA